AUGACCACGCCAGUUGUUGUCCCCAACCCAUCCGAAUCCGUGGCCGCCGCCUUUUGGCGGACUUCAUGGCUGAGAAAAUUUGACUGGCUAGUGUUGAAGCAGCAGGAUGGCGGUUCAGAACGUCCGUUUUGCAAAACCUGUCAGAAGUUCCUCUUUCAAAAAACCGUGGGUGGAGGAAAUUUGACUUCAUUGCUGAGACACGAAAGGACCGGAUUGCACCAAGGCAAAGGGCCUAUGAAAACGUCGUCCGUUCAGGCACCCCCAAUCCAAGACUUUUUGGAUUGCCUUGAUGACAGGGCAAAAAGGAAAUCAUUCAGGUCGUCUGGCAAGGAGAAAGCAUGGAAACUGUCAUGGUGCCUGGCUGAGGCGUUCAAGAUGUCUGUGCACGGCCAACUUGCCCAAGUUGCAUCGUCUACAGUCUGCCAAGACGCUCAGGGACAGGUUCUCUCCGUCCGUUUCUUUAGCUCUUUGAAAGUCACGGGCGGCGGGGAUGCCAGUGUUUCAGGGCUUUUGGCUUUGGUCAAUGACUGGGGGGCGGGAGCUUCUGAUUUGGCAUCAGCAGUUGGCAAGGGAACUAAGAGGUUCUUCAUCAAGUACUGGAAGCCACCCCGAGGUUGGACAGGGCCAAAGCCUACUUUGAAACGGCCGUUGUACCAAGCCUUCCGGAAGAGCGUCUUGUUUGUUGGCAGCGAUGCAGCGGCAGAUGAGACGAAGGCCGUUCGCCUUUUGGCAGGCAAAGCGGCUCCUACCGCAACUUCCAAGGCAUUCCGUUUGUUCCCAAACAUCAAAGCCCGGGUGAGGGACAACGCUCAUGCAGUGGGCCGAUUCACUUUGAAAUGGAAUGUGAAUGAGACCCUUGGAAAGACCUACAAGAAGUACAUUAGUUCCACGGACCUGCUGCUACUGGCCAUGAUGGCAGAUGCCAGUGACGAAGAGCUGAGUUUGCUCAGGCAGUUUGACCAGAGCUAUUUGCCCACCUCUGACGUCCGUUCUCUGGUGCAAAACUUCCUUUCAAAGAUUGAGUUCUUGUUCUUGUGUGCUGGAGCCACUAAGACGGGAUUCACUGCAUAUGUUGCAAGGGCGACAAUGCAGUAUGAAUGGCCAGACUUUGAGCUCAUCAACAGCCUUGGGGUUUUUCAAACAAGGGAAGGCAACCAUUCUUCAGAUGAGCGGCGCCUUAUGCUUGACAGGUUGGUCACCCCCAUUCUGUUGGACGGCCGUCAGCUGACCAAUGAUGAGAAGGCAGACUACUUGAUUCAGGUGUGGAGGCAGUACCAAAUGUGCAGGCCUUUUGCUGUCAAAAUUGCCGGCCGUUUUGCAACUUCUCCACAAAAAGAUUACUUGUGUUGGACUGAGUCCGUCAGAAAAGCCAAAAAAAAUGGCCAUGACGUUUCUUUGCUUGAGAGUCUGGUAUCUGCUGGCCUUGCUAGCGUGGGAGCCACCACUGCAAACAGUGAACGUGAUUUUGCUGCCAUGCGAAAACGAACAAACCCAACAGUGGCAGAAGUUGAGCGUUUUCUUCAAACCUUCAUGGGGGGCCUCAACACUGACGCCAAUGCCAUGGACAAAAAAAACCAGCUUUGUCAGAAAGCACGACAAGUGUGGCAAAAAGGGUUUGGCACUCCCCGCGUCAGUGGUGAGAAGCGAAAGUCUUUGAAUUGGGCAAAUGGCCUGAGGAAGAAGAAAGUGAAGGUGGACUCUGAACGGACAUUCAUCGAAAAGAGGAGGCAGGAUUUGAACCAAUUGAUGAAGUCUGAGAGUGCUGGUCAGCGCCCAGUUGCCCGUCCGUUGAUGAACUCCUCUGAAGGCCCUCCCUUGCUUACGCCCGUUCUCUCUGGAAAAGAGAAGGGAAAAUUAUCAGACUUGAAAAAUGAAAGCAAGAAACGAAAUUUUGCAGCUCAGCAGUUAGCAUCGCUGCGCACGGGUGACCGCCUGCAAACGGACGAGUUUGAUGAAAUGGCAAGGCAGCAAGCCGAGUUGGACCUGGCUGCAGACCGCAAGAGGCGGCGACUUGACACGGCUGAUGCACCGGUCAGUCCUCUGAAAUUGAACUCCAGGAAUGCAUACAUCGCCCGUUGCGUUCACAUGAGAGAUGCCGUCGCCCGUUCACUGGUGACCCAUCAUCAUGCCUUGCCACAGAAAGACUUCCUCAAAGCUGAUGUUUUUGUUGUCAAAUCAUUGACUUCACCUGGCCAGCGAGUGGAAUGGAUGGCAAAGCUAGGCGGCUUGGCUAUUGUGAGCUCAGAUUAUGCCAUGGGGAGCACAAUGGGCCCAUGGAUCAAAUUCAAAGGCAUUGCCGAGAUCCCGCCCGUUCGCCACCUCCUUUUGGACAAGCGCUUUCAAGAAAAGCAUCCGUCCUUAACGGCCAUUUUGAAGCAGCAGUUAUUGUCAUUUGCCCAGGCGAAUGCAAACUCAUGGGCCAAUGUGGCGAAAACACGGAAGUCUUCAAGCAACAUUUGUUGGGCUCUGGUUGCUGAGGGAGAUGGCAUAAAGGACAAAUUUGCCCGUAGGCUGGGGGUUUCUGCUGCGUCCGUUCGGCUUUUUACCGCCGGUGAGUUCAUUUCUUGGAAACCUGCCUCGAAGAUUGAAUCUGCUCACUACGGAGUCUCACAGGCCUAG